AUGAAAUAACAAAAAUAAAGAUCCUAAACUCCUGUACUAGGAGCACUUCUAUUUGAUUUUAAUAUUCCAAAAAUCACUCUAUCUGGUUAAUAAUAAAUUAGAAAUGCUUGUGUCUUGAAAAAAUUUUGUACAGAAAAAAAGAGAAACCCUAACAAUCCAAUUAAACAAGCUAAUCCAAGAAAGAAUCUGAAAUAUUUAUUUUUAAACCUUGAUGUUAAUGAUCUGAAAAUAUAUGAUAGUGACUCUGAUUAUUAAUAUUAAAAUAAAAAAUCUAACGAAAAUCAAUGUCAAUUAAAAAUACCAAUUUAGAAAUGUCCAUUAGUAAUUUAGAUCUAAUCAAGAGACCUUUUUGUAAGCAUUUGA